AGACAACACUCACACACACCAUACAUAUGAUGACAUGGUCGGACCAUCAUCGAUCUGUUACGGUACUGCGUACACAUUCCAUCUUUUCUCUUUUGUCUCCCGUCUCUUUCAUCCAUUUCUCCCGUGUCAAUUAUUUUGUUUAAUCUACUCCUUACUCCUGCCGAACGAGCACGUAGCGCAUCAUACGGGUGAUGCGUUAUGGACGAUACCAGUACCUAACUAAUUCCUGCGCCUGAGACGGAGACAGAGACCGUGACCAGGGCGAACCUCACUCCCGCCGAUCCACUGACUGACUGACUGACUGAACCGCGAGUCUCGGGAGUUGAGUUGUGCAGUCGAUAUACCAUACCUGGAUGAUCAUCAUGGCCUUUCGUGGUCAUGGUCGAGAUCUAAGACUUUAUCAUCUUCCUACCGAGAUCCUCGUAUCAAUCUUGUCCCGAUUCGAAACUCAAUCCCUCCUGCCUUUGAUAGUCGUGUCGAGACAAUUUCACUCCAUAAUCCUACGGAUCAUUCACUUCCGACUCCUCCUCGCGGCGGCCUUGCCCGAUUACAAACUCAUCCUCGAGGCGUACCGACCCAGCAAGAGGUACGCGGACCCUUAUCUGUUUUGUACCUACUUGGGUACCGACGGGUUGAGUUCGAAACAUGAAGGGGUAGGGUCACUGUACGAGGACUGCAGGGGUGAAGAAGGGAGGUUCGCAAAAUUGGGUGCCCUGUACAGUAGAUUCAGACCCGAACGCCCGGGCGUACAAGGUUUGAUGCCGUUGAGAAGGAUAGCCGGGUCACCUGUUGUGAGACAGCAACAUCAAGAGCAACCGCCGCCGCCGCAACAGCAAGCGCAGUAUCAGCAGCAACAUUAUCAACAACUGCCGUUUCAACAACAACAACCGCCUCAACAGCAGGAACAACACCCAUCACAGGAAGCAUCUUCGUCUUCUUCUGCACAACAACAACAACAACAACAACAACAACCAAUCUACGGUACCGACGGUGAUCAAGGUUUGGAAAAAGUCGUACACAAUUUAUACCUCGACGCUGAUGAAUUGUUUUGUCAAUUCUGUGCCUACGCGAGUCUCGUCAGGUUGGGACCACACCGUGGAGUAUUCUUGAGUAACGUUCAUAUAGUACAACCUGGGCAGGGUGUCAUGAGGGUAUGGAAACAAUGGUUACAAGAUCGAGCACAAGAAUUGUGGUUGUCAGAAGGUAAAGGAGAAAGAGAAAGAGAUUUGUCGUCACAAUCAUUUUCGGCAUCAUCAUCAUCAUCAUCGUCGUCGACAUCUUCAACUUCUUCGUCGUCUCCAAAUAAUUGCCCCAACAUUGGUCUGGAUAAAAACAUUUUGUGGACGGAUUAUCGAAAAAAUGUAGGAUUGAGGGUCGCCAUACGAGAUCGGGACGGGAAAUGUUGCACACGAGGUCCCCCGUCGGAGGAGUAUCAAGAUACUCCCAUGAGUUUCGUCAUUGAAAUUCAAGAAUUGGUGGUGAGGACUACCCACUUGAUGUUGGCGGUCGAAACUUCUUCUUCACAAGCCGGUGACGGUAAAACGGGCAAGGCUUUGAUCUUUGGAAGAUUCGCCUCUCCAGGUCCGGCGGCUCCAGCGACAAUUCUCGCUCCAGCUCCAGCCUUGUGGGUUGGUGGCACGUGAGUGGGCGAGAGAAGUCAGGAGGGAGAGAAGAAAACCGAACGACUGACUCUACGACUUCCUUGUUUUUUUGCCUCUGAUUGUGUUCUUUUCUCUCAACAAUGUACACUCCCAUAUGUUUGUCCACCAUCACGCGUACGUCUGCGUUUGAACGGAGGAACUCAAGACUCCCUGCGGGAAAUCUUUUUUUUGGCGGCUGCUUUUGUUGUCAAGAAGACCUGACAUACAUACAUCUUUUGGGAUGGUUGGUGAUGCGCUGGCUGCCUAUGAAUGAAUUACGGAGUAAAUAGACACGAUCUUUAUGAACCUUCACAAUUAUACCCCUCCCAAUUCUAGGUAAUUUUGCACCAGAAGCAAGGACAUCAAGAAGAGAGAUCUCGAUUGCACUGACUUGAUUAUUCAGGGUCAUGCAGAACGUCGACCAAGGUACUCAUUCGACUGGACAGUUCGUAUACACGUCACCAGCUGCAACGUUUGCCAGCUGUCAGAGUCGGUCGUGGACAAAAUUGGUUUUCUUGGUUGUCUUUGGCAUGAUCGAGACGCGAUGUUGCCUUUUCUUCUCGAUAGAUUCACACUCUUCAUGUCAAUCGUAGCCUCCCU